AUGGGCUUCGACAUGGAGACUUCCAGAGAUACAGGGGUUUUUACUGUUCUAGCGCAUCAAAAGAAAAUACGAAAAGUCUCCUACACUUUCACAAGGGUGAUAAAGAAAAGAGUUAAAUCCCAAGAAAAUAAUAUGGAUGCAAUCAAAGAUGUCAGAUAUGUGCAUCUGCCUCUGUUUUCUGCUGAAAGAGCGUGGUCUUAUGCCAUGCAGUUAAAGUCGGAAGCAAACACAGAACCUCGUAAGCGCUUCCAUAUGAUCUCCAAACUGAAGAAAGCAGUUGUUUACGCUGAGGAACUGUAUACAUUAUGUGAACAUGACAAAUGUGAUGCAAGAACUAAACUAGAAAGUCAGGCUUAUAGGCAUUAUAUGAGAGGUAGUUUAGAGUUUGAACUUGAGAAAUGGAAGCCAGCUAUAGAAAGUUAUGGCAGUGUCAA